AUGGUCAAUACCGCGACCUUUCCAUCUUACCAUUUCGGCGAAGAACCUGCUUUAUCAACCUUGAGACCACCCUUGCUAACUUUCGUCGCAAUAGGAUUUUCUCAUACACCAUCCUUGUUGAUCAAGAUCCGUGCCAACAUCAAAGGUCGCAUAGCUAACUCUCAGAGUAGCUCUUUAAUUUCAACUUACUUAUUUUCCUCUAAUAAAUUCGAUUUUAUAUCAAAUCUGAAGUCCCUUGGUCGUUCCUAUCGGCCCUCAGAACCUAGCAUAUGUCCUUUCUAUCGACACCGAAGAUAUAACAUCAAAUCCUCUUCCUCCAAAUACCACCUGGCGUCGAUAUCGGCACUAUAUUUGAUAGAUUACGCUAACUUGCUGAGUAGCAAUAACAUGAGCUGGUUUGCCAGCAUGCCACUCGCAAGUGUCGCCGAUUUUGAAAACGCUGCGUGGCUUGAUCUUGCGCUUACAAGAAAGUUCGUCGGUGAAAAGCCAUUAAUGCAACUUAAUUGGCUCGAUCUUGAAGUGAAGUCCGUUAGAUAUAAGCCAUUGGGCCAAAAUAUCGCGGUAGUUCAAGCAGUAGCUCGCAAGCAAGUCGCCACAAGCUUUUCAUUGUUUCCCGAACUUGCUACCGAAUUGCAAAACAAAAUUUGGGUUAUGGCAUCGCUUAGAUGUUCUCGUUUUAUCUCAAUCGUCGAGGAAAAUGUCGAUGUUGCCACACACCCUGAUGAUGACCAGUACAGAGUCAUCGGAGCCACGCGCCCAAGACUCUUAUACACUUGUAAGGGUGCUGUAUCUGCUAUGGUUGGCAUUUAUAGACCCAUGUUCCAGCUUGAUGCGAGCAAGUACCACGGCACAAAGAAGGGCGUUAUGGUGAAUCCCGACAUUGACAUCAUCGAUUUUGUGUCUCUUCUCAACUUUCAGACCCCCCCACUUGAUUUUGUUGGGGCUCUUUUGAAUCCUGGAGAGCUAUAUAUGGUUCGCCACAUUUGCCUUCCUAUGCAAGAGUUCCAUGAUAAUUUCCAAGCUGUUGCUCGAAUUAUUCGCAACCUACCUUUACUUGAAUCUGUGGUCGUUGAGACAGAUCAAGUCGAUCUAACGCUUUCCGACACUCUCCACAUUAAAUUUGUGUUCGCAGACAUCUGUUAUGCUAGACCUGGCCGAUCACCACGCACUGAGAUGACCAUAAUGGUCAUGCAUGGCGGUUUCCAUUUCAUCGGUGCACAGGCCAUUAGUAUACUAUUCAAUGACGUUACCAACUUAACUCAUCAAGCUGGCAUCCUUGAGUCAUUGGCAAAGAUGAAUCUUAUGAUGCGUCAGGAGGCGAACUUCCCCGACAAGAUCUUUGCCUCUUUCAAUUAUCGUAAUUCCUGA